AUUAUCCUACUCCGUCCGUCGUGCGCCUGUCCAUCUUGACGUUGAAUCCUCUCCACCCGACGCUACCCUUUGCUGCUGUAUCACUUCCUUUGCCCACCAUGGAGUGCCAAUUCGGCAUCACGGGAAAGGGAUACACUAUCUUGGCGUCGGACCAGAACGCGGCAAGGUCCAUCGUCAAGAUGAAGGGCGACCAAGACAAGAUCAUGGAGUUGACCCAACACCUUGCCAUGGCUUACAAUGGAGAGAGCGGCGACACAACCAACUUUGCUGAGUACAUCGAGGCCAACCUCAAGCUGUAUGCAAUUCGCCAUCACAUCCAACUACGACCUCGAGCAGCAUCGGCAUGGAUUCGUACCGAGCUGGCCAACUCACUGCGCUCACGCCAUCCCUACCAGGUGAACCUCAUCCUCGGCGGGUACGAUCUCCCAACGUCAACCCCGGCCCUCUACUGGGUCGACUACCUUGGUACCCUCGCUCAGGUACCCUAUGCAGCUCACGGAUACGGUGCUUUCUUCUGUCUGUCUACCCUCGACAGGUAUCAUCGCCCCGAUAUGGAGCUGGACGAGGGGCUGGAGCUGCUCAAGAGGUGCAUAAACGAGUUGAAGACGAGGUUCAUCGUCGAUUUGGGGACGUGGAAGGUCAAGGUCGUUGACAGGGAUGGAACGAGGGAGGUGACGCUGUGA